UCCUCAUUCUCCCAUCCCACCCUAUAUCGAUACAUCAACCCACUAAUAAGCGGCCUAACGAAAUCUAAGACGUGAUGAUCAGGAUGCCCAAAUUUGGCACACGUCUUCGAGAGUCUCGUCUCGUACCUCGUGAUGAUGACCUAGACUCUGCUUUCACCCAGCUCUCCUUCUACAAAUCCCCUAUUCCCGCAACGCGAUGACGGACUUCGAGUUCGUGAAUGUUGCGCGCCCCAACGACGUGACGCGGCACUCGACCAGAAUCCGCCGCCAUGUCAUGAAGGAUAUCGGCAGAGCACGCCGCAAGCCGCGGGCUAAGAAACGCCGCGAGACUCCGCCCCGGGGAUCCAGCUCGGCCGUUCCAGGGGGUCGAGCUCAGGAGCCACGGUCCACCCCCGCUUCGCUCCCUUCACCACUUCUAAAUCCUCCGGCGGAUAACAGUCUGCACACGACGAUGUACCCGGCAAAUAUGAGCGAGGCCCAGCCGAACCUAGUUCGAUUCGUGGUCGACGAGCAGCCGACCGUUCGCCGGCCGUUCCGGCUGCCGUGGUUGUCUAUGGGUUUGUCGGACUCGGCCGUCUGGUAUCUUACCCUGGCCAACGCCGCGUUACACCGCGGUCCUGAGCCGGGAUCCACUUUGCCCGAGAUUAAUACCGAUGACCAUGCCAUGAGUUGGUACGCCCUAUCGCUAGCGUCGGUUACUCGAAGGCUUCAGGACCCUGUCGAGAGCCGGAGUGAGGGGCUUAUCACUGCCGUUGCCGGGCUUGCCUACCACGAUUCUUCUGUUGGUAACUUCGGCCGCUUCUGUACCCACAUGAACAGGCUACAGCGCAUCGUGGAUAGUAAUGGUGGACUUCGAGCUCUGAGCAGCCCGUCCCUGCAAAUAUUCGUGUCCUGGCUCGAUUUAAUAGGUGCAACGUAUUUUAACGCCAAGCCUCGCUUUACGGUUCCCGAGGGCUCCAUUAAAGAGAUCGACACUGGGAACGACUGCUGGUAUCUAGAGCAGGUGCUCAGUUCCUGGAAUGCUGACUGUCCCUCCUUGGGCGACAUCAUGGGCGCUAUGAAGGCGACCGCCGCCGUUGCGAGCUACAUUAACCGACACGCAAGGGAUCAGGGCUUCUGGGAGGAUGACGUCACGGUCGCCCGACUGCUUGGGCCAGCCUUACACGAGAUCCUGUCGCUCGAGGGGCGGGCGCUGCCUAACGACCCGACGGACCCGGAGUACUCGGGGACGGCAGCACGGGAGGCGUUCCGGCGAGCGGUGCUUGUGCUGCUCGGGGAGGUGCGGGCGCGCACGGGGGCCGGAGGCGCGCCCGAGCUCGCGCGCCACCUCGACGCGUUCCGGCAGAUCUCGCAGCUGCCGUUCGUGGACUGGAGCCUCGUGCCUGAGCUCAACCUCUGGGCCCACGUCACGAGCGCGCUGCGCGAGCAGCCUCCGGACCGCGCCUGGCAUGUGCUGACCAUCGUCGGCCUCAUGGAGUCGAUGGGUCUGGGCGCCGCCGCCCAGGCCCUCGACGUCGUGCGCGGUAUUAUCUGGGUCGACGCCGUUGACGAGGGCAGGUCGGCCCCGCUCUGCCGCGAGAUCGACGCACUCGCACGUGCCAACAUCCUGCGCCGCCUGCGCGAUAUCCCGCUAGAUCCCCGUCUCGACGACAACGAUGAUAGCGUGGCGUCCGGAACCUGCAGGUCAUCGCGCCCCGCCGGUGACGUCCCUCUGCCUAGUGAAGGGGAUCGGCGCCUCGGUGCAGAGCCGCUUAGCAGGUAGCCCGCCGACAUCCAGCGUCUGAGUGGAGGCCACCUCGACGACUCUGGGUGCGGCUCUAUGGGAUCCCUGACACGUCGAUUGCCCCCACAUUGCUGGAGAGGAUAUCGGGUUCGCCAUAGUGGGAUCUAACGAACGAGCAGAGUAGAUGGGCACAUUUCCUGUUUGCUUCCGUAUCGAUGAAUCUGUGAGUCGGUAGGCAAGGUCACAUCGGUAUACCACACAUUACUCAAAAUGAGAAGAGUAGAGGUAUGCUUUAACGGAAUAUGGCUUAAUACAGCGCUUUAGUAACAUGGGGAGGACGGAGAGCGUGUAUCUAUAUAGCCUAAAUAUGGUAUAGGGUGUAUAAUCGAAGCAGAGUAUUCUAGUUGAACUGCGAGCAUGAAUACAUUGUCAAGGGACCACAAGUGUAGGCUGCCUAGGAGGCUAGCCAUGUAACGUAUGCGCACCGUCUAGU